AUGGCAGUCGUUGGGGCUCCCUCGUCCGCCUUCACCGGCAUCAUCAUCGGCCUCGUCUCCUCCUUCGGCUCCAUCAUCCUCAUAGCCCUCGUCGUCUUUAUCUUCUGGGCUUCGGGAUGUGCCGGCUCCGGGCGCAUUCUCCUCGACCGUCUGGGCCGCCCCGGCGAGUACGACGAUGAGCAGGCCUUUGCGAGGGACGAGGCCGAGGCCCUCGAGAACAUGGAUGACAUGUCGCGCACCGAGUAUCUCAGAGCAAAGGCCUUUGUCACUGCCAACCCCCCCGAGUCCGUGCAAACCGACAUAUCCCUUUCCCAGUACCUGGCCAUCCAGGAAAAGGGUGUCUCUGCCUGGGAGUUUGAGCCUGAGCUGGAAAUCGCCAAUUGCUUCGUCGAGGCCCGCACCGAAAUCGAGUUCUUCGACUCCGAGUGUACCGUCAUGAGCAAUCUGCCCGUUCCAAAGCAAAACGAUGUAUACUACUGGGAGGCCAAGAUUUACGAAAAGCCCGAAAACACCAUGCUUGCCAUUGGCAUGGCCACAAAACCCUAUCCGCUGUUCCGGCUGCCCGGAUACCACAAAUACUCCGUCGCAUACCACUCAAACGGCUCUCGCCACUACAACCAGCCUUUCAGCCGCACGCCGUACGGGCCGCAGCUGGUUCAGGGGGACGUCGUCGGCGUCGGCUACAGGCCCCGGACGGGUGCCAUCUUCUUCACGCGAAACGGCAAGAGGCUCGAGGAGGUGGUUCACGGACUCAAGGCGCCAAACUUCUUCCCCGCCAUCGGGGCCAACGGACCGGCGAUUGUGCACGUCAAUCUGGGCCAGUCGGGCUUCGUCUUCAUCGAGGCCAACGUCAAGAAAUGGGGCCUGGCGCCCGUCACGGGCAGCCUUGCGCCGCCGCCGCCGUACGGCUCCGAGCAGGGUAGCAUCCUGCUCGAGACGGGUACCAAGGACGGGGCCGCGCCGGGCCAGGCCCACUCGCAUCGCCAGUCGAUCAGCGGCUCGCCCUUUCACGCCCACCACGGCGGCUUCAACCUGAACGCGCAGCACGGGCGUUCGCGGAGCGGCAACUUCAGAGUGCUUCCUCCCACGAGCCCCGGCCCCAUCAGAAGCCCGACUGACAUCUCGCUCGCCCAGUUGGUGCCCAACGACGAGGUGGGCGAGGCCAGCGGCAGUGCUGCGGCAGAGCGGCGCCGCGACGAGGAACAUGACAGCAACCCCCUGCAUCUGCACCUCGAAGACGCGACAAACCCCCCGCCGGACUACGCGAGCCCGACCCAUUCGGCCGAGGAGGACAGCCCGAGGAGCAGCACCGAUAGCGAGGAGAAUGCGCCCCUCAUCAGGGUCAUGAACCGGAGCCGGGCCGAGUCAUCGGCCACGGUGAUUCCUGCCCCGCGGCGUCAAGGCCCGCCGCAUCCGCCCGUGCCCAGCUACAGCGACGCCGUGCGGGACGGCGCGGGCUCGCACAGGCCGAGGCACGACGCGCCGCGCGGGGACCUGUAG